CGAUACCAGUCUUGACGCUUCGCCCACUUGCCCAGUUACAGUAGGGGAGUCUGGAGAGGCCGCGGCAGGCCAGCAGGGCGGCCUGGCUGCUGGGGUCCUAGCUGUGGAGGCAGCAGCAGGGGAGGCAGCAUGUAUCGAUACGGAUGAAGGCGCGGAUAGACAUGCGUGGGUGGAGUGCUGGGCGCCUGUUGUGGUGGCGCCGGCGGAGGCACUGGAGGCGGCAGCAGGUGCAGCUCUGGGAGGAGGGGGAGGACUCCACCAGGGUGAAGAGGAGAAGAGAGGCGGCGGGGAGGGGGACCCCUUACCGGUGUACUCCACCCCACCAGGCGGCUGCCCCUCCGCCGGCCAGCAGCAGCUCCAGGACCUCCCCCCACAGCGCUGGACGGCUGCGCUGCGCCUGCCCCGCACUCUGUACGGCAGCCAGCAGGGCAGCUGCUCCUCAUCAGCCACCUCCUCAGCCGCCGCCAGCCCCCGUACCGCCACCCCACAGCGCCCGCAGCCGCAGCAGCAGCCCCUGCAGCAGCCCUCGCAGCCGCAACAGCAGCAGCCCCCGCCGCAGCAGCAGCCCCCGCAGCAGCAGGCCCGGCAGCGCUCCCGACUCGCUGCGGAGUCCCUCGCAGCUCCCCCCGUGGCAGCACGCCCCUCGUCACAGCAGCAGCAGCAGCCGCAGGUGAAGGGAGGUGGUGGAAAGGGUGUGGCGGUAGGGGCAGGUGCCGCCGCCGCUGCUGCCGCCGCACCCUGCACAGCCACCGCCGCCUCCUCGCUUCCCGCCUGGCUGCAAGGGUCUUCCUCAUCGGACGAGGAGGAGAAUGAGGAGGAGGAUGGUAAUGAGAAGGGCCUCAUCCCUGGUGGCGGCAAAGCAGGUGGAGCAGGCGAGGCAGCGAUGCCUGCCUGGCUCACGACUUGCGGCGGCGGAGGCGGGGGUGAGUCUGCAAGCCCCUGCGUUCAGGACACAACGCCGCCGCCAGGGGAGGCGGUUACCGCUACACUUGCAGGUGGUGUGGCGGUUGUUGCUGCGGCGGCGGCGACGGGUGGUGGGUCAAAGCUGCCCUCCCAGCCCACUGUAAACCGGGUAGUGGUGACCAACAACACAGCAGCAGCGGCGGCGAUGGGGAGAGCGGCUGUGGCGGUCCAGCCGCUCUCCCGACUCGCGGCGGACACCCUGGCUCCCCUGGCAGCAGCCCGACCCUCGUCACAGAAGCAACAGAAGCAGCAGCAGGUGGAGCGAGGAGGGGGGAAGUGCGUGGCUGUGGGGGCAGGUACCGCCCCUGCCGGCGGAACGGCAACCGCCUCCUCCUCGCUUCCCGCCUGGCUGCAAGGGUCUUCCUCAUCGGACGAGGACGAGAGUGAGGAGGAGGACGGUGAGGAGAAGGGCCUCAUCCCUGGUGGCGGCAAAGCAGAAGGAGCUGGCAAGGCAACCAUGCCUGCCUGGCUCACGACUUGCGGCGGCGGGGGCGAAAAGUCUGCAAGCCUCCGCGUCAACGACACAGCGCCGCCGGCAGCGAAGGCGGUUUCCGCUACAGUUGCUGGUAGUACGGCGAUUGCUGCUGCGGGGGCGGUGACAACGGCGGCGGUGAAGACUCAGCCAGCUGAAGCGGCGGCGGCGGUGGAGGUGCAGCCAGCGGUAGUCGCGGCGGCGACGACGGGUGGUGGGACAAAGCCGCCCUCCCAGCCCACUGUAGACCAGGCCGUGGGGACCAACAACACAGCAGCAGCGGCGGCGGUGGGGAGGCCGACGGCAGCGGUGGCGGUGGCGGCUAGUAGUGGUGUGGCCCAAGCGCGGGAGCAGCUGCCCUGGUGGGCGGCUGACGGCGACGACUGCAGCAGCAGCGAUGAUGAUGACGACUGGGCCGGCAGCGGGGCAGCCCCAGGCGGCUGGACGGACAUGCUAGCCCGCUGGAGCAGCCAGGUGGCGGCGGCCAGUCGGGCCAGCUGCGGUCGCUCCGUGGCGCUGCCGAUCUUCACUCGCACCGCCAGCGGGGUGGCGGCGGAGGGAGCCAUGUGGCGCACAUCCGCCAGCCACCCAUUCGUGCCGGCGGCGGCGGUGGCGACGGCGACGGCAGGAGCAGGGGCAGGCGGCGCUGCUGCUAAGAGGUGUGCCAAGGCUGCAAGCGCCACAGCGGCAGCCGCCGCUGUCAAAGGUGACGGCGGCGGUGGCGGUGGAGGUGGCGGUGCAGGUUUGGAGCGGUUGAAGGGCAGCGAUGCGAAAGGCUGCGGUGCUAAAGGCGGUGGCAAGGGAGGCACCUGCCAGACUGCGAGCGGCAGCAGCGGCAGCGGCAGCAGCAACAGUGGUGCAGCUGGAGGCAGUAGCGGUGUACUGCCCGCCCCGCAUGCUGCAGCGACUGCCAGCAGCAGGAGCAGCAGCAGCAGCGGUGCGGCGGGAAGCGGCAGUAGCACACCGCCUGCUCAACAGCGUCCUGCAGCCGUCGCCUCGCCCGCCCCAGCCUCCACAGCAGGUGCCGCUGCCGCUGCGGCUCCCUCCUCAACAUCAUUACCACCACCACAGGCACAGCCCGCUCCUGCUCCUGCAGCGGAGGCGGCAAAGCCCAGCUCAUGGCCGCAGCCGCUGGGGGCGCAUGAGGCCGGCUGCAAAGAGGAUGGCGGCAAAGAGGCAGGUGGCAGUAGCAGCAGCAGCAGCAGCAGCAGUAGCACUGAUAACGACAGUGAGGAUGAUGACGAGUACGACACCACAUCGUCAACACGUGUCGUGCAAGUUGACGUACUGGCCAAGUGGAUGGCGUCGGCGCGCCUGCCCAAGGCCUUGAAUGCGGGAUUCUUCCGGAAGUACCAACAACAGCAGCAGCAACAACAGCAGCGAGAGUUUCAGCAACAGCAGCAGCAGCAACCGCAGCGGCAACAACAGUGCCAGCAGAGGGUCCUCCCAGCACAGCCGCAAGGCGGAGCCGCUGCUGCCUCGGGUGCUAGGCAAGGCGGCAGUAGAAGUGGCGACGGGUGCCUUCCGCGCGUAGGGAUGGUGGCGGAGUCCUCCGCUGCCAUCGCCGCCUCCGUCCCCUCAACCUCAGCCUCAGCCUCAGCGGACGGAGGUCCCGUGGCUCCCGUGCGCCCCGCCAUCAAAGUCCUCAACCGGGCGCUGCCCGGAGCCAUCGCACCGCUGACGCUGUCCUCACAACCGCCGUCACAGCAGCAGCAGCAGCAGCAGCAGCAGCAGCAGCAGCAGCAGCAGCAGCAGAGCCGGCGGGGCGCACCCGCACCUCAGCAGCCGCGGCCCUUGCAAGCACACCAACCACAAGGACAAGCUCCUGUCCCAGCGACACCGACCGGGACCUCGACGGCGGCACCAGCACUCGCUGCGCCCUCGCGGCCCCCGGCAGCUGCUGCCCCACCGCCACCCGCUGCGACCCGAGCACCUGACACGGCGGCAGCAGCAGCGCCACCGCAACCGUCAGCGUUGCAACCACCGCCACCCGCCGUCAACCCAGCCCAGCACCCUGCCCCAGCUGCCUCAUCACAAGCCCCCCCCGGCAUCAGCUCCCCCUCCUCGUCCUCCUCCCGCCACAAGGCCCCCGUGAGGCCCUGCCUGCUCACACGGGCUGGCAGGGUGGGCGGCGGCGGCGAGGUGGGGACCGCAGUACCGGUAGCAGCAGCAGGCAAGGCGCAGGCAGCAGCAGCUGCAGCAGCCGUACAGCCCGCUGUGUCCAGACAGGCCGCCACCUCCGCCUCCACCGCUUGUACGGCAGCUGCUGCAUGUGAGACGUCUGGUGCGCCAGACCUCUCCAGUCAGCAGCCGUCACAAUCAGGGGUGCAGGAUAAAGCGCAGCAGCAGGGGAAGCAGGAGCAGCAGCAGGUGCAGCAGCAGCUAGGGGUGGCGGAGGUGGCGGUGCCCGAGGAGUUCCAGUGCGACCUGUGCGGCGUGAGCUGCAACAGCGGGGUGACGUGGCAGCAGCACUGCGCCAGCAGGAAGCAUUUGGCGCGGUCGGCAGCGGCUGCACGGGCGGCGGCGAGUGCCCCGCAGCUCCCACCAUCAGCCAGCCCCUCAGCCGCCGCACCCUCCGCCGGCCUGCAAGUCCCACACCAGCCCCCCUCGACACCAGCCCCCUCACCCGCACCAUUAUCCACAGCCUCCGCCUCCAAGCCCCUCCCCGCUUCCCCCCCCACCACCCUCAGCUCCUCCGCCCCAGCAGCAGCCCCCCCGAGCCCCACCGCCGCGGUCACUGCUGCUGCCUGUGAUGCGCCCGCCUGCUGCCUCCCCUCCGACCGCCCCCAUGUGCCCGCCCUAUCCCUUACCUGCUACCUGUGCCGGGUCACCUGCAACAGCGCCCAGGCCCUGCAGCAGCACCUGGCCUGCCGCCGCCACCUCAACCGGGCAGCCAGGCAGCUGCUGCGAACUGCCAUGGCCGCCGAGCGAGCUGGGGAAGCGCCAGGAGGAGCGGCAGGAGGAGCGGCAGCAGCAGGAGCAGGAGGGCAGAUUGCGGACGGGCAAAGCCAGCGGGAACAGCAGCACGAAGACGCACGGCAGCAGCAGCAGCACGGGCAGCAGCAGGCGACUGGGCCGGCUGAGGAGGUGCAUGAGGAGGAGGAGGAGCGAGAAGCGUCAGCACCGACCUCGGUAGUUGAAUCGGUCCAGCAGCUAGGAGGACCCGACCCGGCUGUCGGCAGGUCGGCAGCAGCAGCUGCCGCUGCGGCCAGUGCACGCUCCAGCGCCGGCUGCGGUGGCGGCGGCAACGGUGGUGGCAGCAGCUGCCCGGGCGGGCGCCCCGCUGCCGCCCACCUCGUUACCCAUCGGCUGUGUCGCCAGGUGUUGAGCGGCGAGCUAGAUGGUGCGGUAGGGGAGGCGCUGACACGCAUCCGGGGCUUCCAGGAGAGGGCCAUGGCGAAGAAUGCGGUCAAGGCUGGCGCGCACCGCUGGUACGUGUUGGGUCUGCGGGAG